AUGGAGGAGUUAGCCAGAGAGAGCAUCAGCCUACUGGCUUCAGCCUCAGCCAAGCCCCCGCUGGACGUUGCCGCCGCUCCUCGGCUCGGCUCCAUGGGGGCCAUUUUCAUCAUGCUGAAGUCCGCCCUGGGCGCCGGGCUCCUCAACUUCCCCUGGGCCUUCGAGAGAGCCGGGGGCAUCCGCAGCGCAGUCACCGUGGAGCUGGUCUCUCUCGUGUUCCUGGUCAGUGGUCUGAUCAUCCUGGGCUACGCGUCAUCCAUCAGCGGCCAGUGCACCUACCAGGCGGUGGUGAAAGAGGUGUGCGGGCCGGCCAUCGGUCAGCUGUGUGAGAUCUGCUUCGUCUUCAACCUCUUCAUGAUAUCUGUGGCCUUUCUGGUUAUAGUGGACGACCAACUGGAGAAGUUGUGCGGCUCCCUGUACGAGCUGGUAACCGGUUUGCCGGACUCGGAGAUGCCGUAUCACUUCUACACAGACCAGCGCUUCGCCCUGGUGCUGCUCUGCCUCCUCCUCAUCCUGCCGCUGUCCAUCCCCAAAGAGAUCAGCAUUCAGAAAUACAUCAGUGUUCUCGGCACUCUGGCUGCAACCUACCUGACUGUCGCCAUCAUCAUCAAAUACCACACCAUGCCUUCUGUUCUGGUUCAAGUCACCCCUCUCUACAGCAGCGGGAUCAGCUCCUGGGCCUCCAUGUUCAGCGUCAUCCCGACCAUCUGCUUUGGUUUCCAAUGCCACGAGGCGUCCAUCACCAUCUACAGCAGCAUGGCGAACCAGCGGCUCUCUCACUGGGUCCUCAUCUCCGUGGUUUCCAUGAUCUUCUGUCUCGUCAUUUACUCCCUCACAGGGGUUUAUGGGUACUUGACAUUUGGAAAGAACGUGAAGGCCGACAUUUUGAUGUCGUACACUGGGGAUGACAUUCUGAUGCUCAUUGCCAGGCUGCUGUUCGGAGUCUCCAUCAUCACCAUCUAUCCCAUCAUCCUGCUGCUGGGCAGAUCAGUGAUCCAGGAUCCCCUGCUAAGUUGGCGGCGGAGGCGUUAUGGCGUGGUGACGGUGGAGUUUGAAAGCCGCAGCCGCUAUGCGCUGACAGUCCUGUGGAUCACAGUGACACUUCUCAUCGCCGUCUUUGUGCCAGACAUCAGCAAGGUCAUCAGUGUCAUUGGAGGGAUCAGCGCCUUUUUCAUCUUCAUCUUCCCAGGACUGUGUUUGAUCUUUGCCAUGCAGUCUGAGCCAGUGUCCUGUAAGACCAGAGUUGUCCUCACAGUUUGGGGAGUAGUGACCCUGAUCUCUGGAGCCUUCAUCUUUGGCCAAAGCACCACCAUUGCUGUCAUGCAGCUCCUCGGAAGGAUCUGACUCUUCCACUUUCCCUCGCUGAUCCAGGUGUUUUUCAUGGAGGCAGUGGUGACCAGAUCUCAACUUGUACUUCCCCUUUCCCCUGUCCUCUAGAGAGCCCAUGUUGAAUUAUGGCCACCACAGACUCUAUAAAAAUGAACAUGACGCCUGAACAAUCAAAAGACCCCUCAGAACUUGCUACUAUAAUCUUUAAAACAACAGCCGACACCCAGAAGACUUCCCUCCCUCCCUCCUUCCUUCAGUGUCACCAUAUGUUACUUUCACUUGGGUUAAUUGUUUUUGUAGCUGCACCCUGAUGACAAGCUCUGUCUGCCUCCUGCCAUGCUGAGAUGAUCUGAUUGAAAUCCUCAGGUAUUUCUGCACUUUGUGUUGUAGUCGAUCUUCUGCUGUCACAGGUAUCAGUGCGUAAUUGUGCAUAUCAGUAUUCUACCCGCCUGUAUUCAGUCUUUGGGUGAGAUGAACUAAUUAAGCAGGGUGUUAUUUCGGUUGUCACAGUUUUUAUUCCCUUGUUUUCUUGAAAACUAUAUUUCUCUGAAAUGGUAGCGGUAGCCAAAAUAUUAAAUUAUCAGUAGAGUAACAUAAAAAGAAAAACUCCUAGAACAUUGCUCCAAUAUGAAAUUAUAACAUUAAAGAUAUUAUCAUGUCUGCCAAACAUAGUCCAGGAAAGCUUCAAGCUCUCCUUAGUAUAGAUUCUCUUAUCAUUUGCACAAUCAUGUAACCACUAGAAUGUGAUGGAGGUCUGAUUGGUAAUAUUCCCAGGACCUGUUGGUUUCCACUGCCAUACAAGACUGAAAUGACAGGUUACUUGAGGGUGACACAAGUGGUGGGGCGGGAGGAUGUUUUCAUGUUUCUGUGUGUGUGUAUUUGGAUGAGUGU